CUACUCAAAUUAAUUAAGUUGAAAAAUUAAAAUAAGGGGAAAGCGAUGUUGUUUUAUUUUCCCAUUCAAUUGUUUUUGUCAGCCGGUCUCGGUCGGCUUUCGUUCUUUCGUCUACUUCAUACGUAGUAAUGCGAUAAAUGUUAUACAACGAUUUUCAUGAAAAUCUUUUCCUAAAUUAAUAAAGAAAAAACAAUUAAUUGAGAAAAAAAUGGAGCAAUCCGAAGAGUUAAUGGAGAUAAUGAAAAAGACUGAAUGUCCAUUUACAUGGGAUUUGGACGAGAUUAAAGAAAUUAUAAGCAAUUAUCAAGAAUCAAGAAAUCAUGACGAUGAAGAUUUUGUUCCUCUAUUAAAAUGGAUUCGCUUAUUGGUCAACGCAUACGAGUCAGUGCAGAAGAAGAAUCUUAUCGAGGCAUUCGAUUAUUUGAAAUCUGCCGAAGACACUUGGAAUUCCGUAAAAGAAAAGCAUGGAAAUAGCAUUUCUCUAAAUUUACUGGAAAACAUUUACAAUUGCACAAAAUGUUUCGUUCUAUUCGAAGAAAAUCGUUUCGAUGAAAUUGGCGAAAUUCUAACAAAUCUCAAUAAGGAUGUUAAUUGCAUGAAUAAUGUAAUUGACAGAAGUACAUUGAAUGGUUGUAAAAGUAUUGCGUGGUCAAAAUAUAAGGAAGCCGGUGAAUCUGGAAUUAAAAGGGCUUUAAAUUACAUUAAUUCCGCUCUUGAGGAUAAUAAAAAUUGUGAUGUGUGGUAUUUUAUAUUGGGAAAGAAUUUACGAAGACAAAGACGUAUGGGCAAUUUUUUGUCACAUCCAACAAAAAAGGAGGAGAUGUCAUUUCAAAAAGCUUACGAAUUAUCCAAAGAACCGACAUUUGGUAUUUAUUUUGCACAAUUACACAAGGAAAAAAGAAAUACACAACGUGCCUUAAAAAUUUAUCAAGACAUUUACGAUUCAAAACCAGAGAGUACGACAAUUCAUUUACGAUUGGCACUUGGUUUUAUGAGAUUGGGCAAUAAUUUUUCAUUGGCGAAACAAUGUCUCGAUUAUGCUGAAAAACGAAUUCCUAACGAUUCCAUGUUUUUGCACUAUAAAGGAAUUUAUUUCGAAAACAGAAAAAAUUUUAAAGAAGCGGCAAAAUAUUAUAAGAGAGCAUGUGACGGAAAUAAUUUCGGUGCUGAAAAUUCAUUUUUAAAAUGUCAAGCGAAGGCACAUGAGAAAUACGAUUUCGUUAAACAUUUGAAGGAAAUGUUAGUAACCUACAAAAAUCAAGAGGGUAGAAUAUUGGAUAUUACUUUACAAUUGGCCGCCUGUUAUUAUAUGUAUAAUCACGAUAUUCCAAAUGCGGCGAAAUAUUAUUUGGAGGCAUUUGAAAAAUUCCCCAAUAAUUCUGUAUUUGAGUUUCACCAAUGCAUUCUCGGUGGACGAACUUGUAUUUAUACAUUUCUACAGAGAGACUUUUUACCAAAUGCAUUGGCAACUACUAAUUCAGACAGUGAGACAAUAAAAAUUUGCAAGAAAUUACAAGAGAUUUGCAAUAAUCGUGUUCGAGUUCAACGAAAGAAGAAUGAAUUGAAUUUCAGUAAAAUGAGAAUUUCUUAAAAUGUUUGUUUCAAUUUGUUUUAUACAUUUCUACUGAUUAGUUUUGUCUUCUUCCUAUAGACACAGAAAAAAAGAAUAUUUUAUACAUGAGUUAGAAAAAAUAUAAUAUAUAUUGCACGUUUAUGUAUAUUUUAUACGUACAUUAAAUAAAAAAUGUUUAA